AUCACCAUUUUCCUUUAAUAGAGACUGUCUCGAGAUUCGGGACAUCAAUUUCGAUGCUACACCCUUCGAUCCUCUCAGAAUCACGCAGUUCAAAGUGCUUGAGCCCAGACAAUGCUGCCUCGCUCAGCCUAAGGUUUCUCAACUCACAACAACUCCUAAGGACGAGGCGCCUGAGAAAAGGACAGCCCAAAAUUAUCUUCUCGAAAGUGCGGCCAUCAACUUGUACCUGUUCGAGGGUGAGUGUGCGCAGACUUUUAAACCGCACGCUCUCGACUGGGCUCAGCCUGCCAUUGCACAGGUGCAGUUCUUCGAGGGACUCGGCUAAGAACACUGCCGAGGGCAGGCAUUUGAACGCUUUUAUGUUGAGGGCAACUAUUAUGGGGAUCCAUUUGUCGAGAAGGGAGAUGACCGGUCGUGAGUCGGGGCUCCUUAUA